AUGCAAAAGCUGCAUUGGAGAUGCGAGGCGCUCCAGGCUGCGGAGAGGCAGGCAGAGGAGGCCGCCAAGAGAGUAGAGAGAAUAACCGAGGAGGGCGUUGAGAGAGCGCAAAGGAUGGUUGACAAAGUAGAGAAGAUCGGCAAGGGAGUCGAAGAUAGGGCAGAGAAGUUCUUUGGGAGCAUGCCUCGACCAGAAUUCCACUACGAUCACGACACUCAGCAAGGUGAUCAACCUGGCCAGGCUCACCAAACCCGCCACCAAUUUGGAAAUCAUCACCACAGUGGCCCAGCGCCUGCUACGACAAUCUACCAUCACUACCACCAUGGACAAUCGGCUGCCACAGAAACCUCGACUACUACUUUUACAUCGACCACAGUAACGACCUCUACUUCUACUAUAACUUGCGUCACUUUGACAGCCACAACUACCAUUGCAACCGCGACUACAACAGCUUUCUUUGACGCCGCUACACGACCCAAAGAGAUAGGUUUAGAGGAGCUACUUGAACCCGUCUACUCGCCUAUCUUCUGGGUCCUCGGAGUCUUCCUCCUCAUCUGUACCAUUGCCUUGUACAGUCUACUAAAGAACGAGAAUCCCCGCGAUCAAAAGACCCAACCUUCUACCGAGUCCGAAUUUUGGAUGUCUUUACCCACACAAAUCGAAUUCGACCUCACGAGCCUGAAACCAUACAUAACAACGCCGUCUCGUCGGUUCUUGGCCGUGACUCUCUGCAGAACUACCGCAGCGCUGUAUUGCCUCGAAAGCUACUGGAUCAUGAAGACAAUGUGGACCAUUUUCAAACCCUUUCUGGAGAUUUUGUGGGAGGGAACUGGCCUGGCCAUCUUCGUCGUUAUUGUGCUCACACCCUUUCAUCUGCUUGCAUGGUCUAUGAUUGGCCAGGCUAUUUGCAUCGGCUUGGACUUUCCAUUCACUUUUGUCAGCCAGUUGGCCUUGCUGCCAGUCUCUGCAGAUGUCAGCCAUGCGUCUACCAGCAAGGGAAAGAAAAGGCCUAAAAAUGAGGCAUCCAAAAGGGAUAAGCAGGCAUGCAAGGACAAGCAGUCGACGGGAUCGGGAUCAGAGGAAGGAUGGCAGACGGAUCUGCAUGGCUGA